CCGCACGUACAGCGAGAUUAUACAAACAAAAUUGAAUGGCCCGAUGCAGAUGUAUACCUGUCCAUAUCUUAACGUAAACGUGUUUACAUAGGUAGACAUGUGAAUUAGGAAGGAUAUUUGAUUUCGAAUCCAAGACUCAAAAAACAGAAGCGACGAGCCAAUCGAUGAAAUGUCUGUUGAAUUCAAAGGAGUGAGACCACUCAACGAUGGCGUUGAUAAUGCCGGGUACCAAAAUACAGAAAAGAAAAAUGGUGCAAUCGACGAAACCUCGUUUACCGAUAUCGCUAUGACCAACGAGUCUCUCGACGAGGAAAAAGCGCGCGAAGCCAAAGAGGAUAUGACGUCAUACAACGCUUAUCACCGAGGAUUAAUCUACGGCCGUCAGAAGGCAUACACAUACUACACUGAACACAGAAAGGGAAUCCGGACAAUUGUUGGGCUCAUCAUUCUGUGUCUAUAUUUCGCCUACGUCGCGUAUGCGUUUUCAUACAAGUUCGGAGACGAGGGCUCGUGGCGGUUGCUGGGCGUGACCGUCCUUCUUGUGUUCCUCCUCGCCCUCAUUAACCUCUGCAGCGCCUACCAGGUCGCCAUCGACGCCUGGUGGGAGGGCACGCGGUCGUGUAGGACCUCCAGGUGUGCCAAGCGUACAGGAACAUCAAUAUCUUGGCUGCUCCGCAUUGCAGUGACUGUGGGCGUAGUUGUUUAUGUCAUAAUUGACAUCGUCAUCGACCAUCCGGAAAAUCUCGUUUCAGUCGCAGGCGUGGCUUUGUACAUCAUUAUAUUUUACUUUACGUCCAUCAAUCCAGCUAAGGUCAACUGGCACACAGUGUUCUGGGGUAUCGCCCUACAAUACGUGUUUGCUCUGCUCAUCCUCCGUACCCAGUGGGGGUAUGAUAUGUUUAAGUGGCUUGGGGACAGGGUCACGGAGUUUCUGGAACACACGAUGGCGGGUGUGCUGUUCGCAUUUGGGGAUAAAUACACUGAUCACUUCUUUUCCAUGAAGGUUUUAUCCAUUGUGAUAUUUUUCUUCACCAUCAUCAACAUUCUCUAUUAUCUGGGUGUGAUGCAAGCCAUUAUAAAAGUCAUUGGCAAAUUCCUCGCCUUCUGUAUGGGAACUACACCGGCCGAGUCCAUCAACGCAGCAGCCAACAUCUUUGUCUCCAUGACGGAGUCUCCAUUGAUGAUCCGUCCGUUCUUGAAGGACAUGACGAAGUCGGAGCUUCACGCCGUCAUGACUGGAGGAUUUGCAACUAUCGCCGGAAGUGUACUUGGAGCUUACAUUAGCUUCGGGGUUCCAGCCAAUCACCUCCUAUCCGCCAGUGUCAUGAGUGCCCCGGCUGCUCUAGCCAUAUCCAAGCUUUCCUACCCAGAAGUCGAAGAGACGAAAGCAUCCAACGACGAUUAUAACAAGAUGGAACAAUCUUCAGAACACAAUCUCAUCGAGGCGGCGUCAAAUGGCGCCACGGCCAGUAUCAAGAUCGUCGGAGGUAUCCUCGUGAACGUUAUUGCAUUUUUAGCGUUGCUGGCCUUCUUGAACGCAACCCUCACGUGGAUUGGGUUCCGAGUUGGAAUCAUGGACCCCAAUCUCACGUUUGAGUUAAUAACUUCGUAUGUCCUUUAUCCAGUAUCAUAUUUUAUGGGCGUCGAACCAAACGACUGUAGAAAAGUCGCAGAACUUAUUGGUGUGAAGACGUUUACAAACGAGUUCAUAGCGUAUGAAAGGUUAAAGGUGCUGAUCCAGAAUCGGAAGGACCUAACCAACUACACGAGCUUCUACAACACGGACGCCUGGUUCUGGGACAAGGGAAACGUGAUCCUUAACAUCACCGGACAGGUGCUCACAACCGGGGUCAUUACGGAGAAAUCCGAGAUCAUUACAACUUACGCCCUCUGUGGGUUCGCUAAUUUCGGCUCAAUUGGGAUCACGCUUGGAGGCCUUGGCGCGCUGGUUCCUUCACGGAGAGCGGAUCUGGCGAAAAUGGUUGUCAGGGCCAUGGUCUGUGGAAACGUAGCCUGCUUCCUUACCGCGUGCAUAGCAGGACUUUUGUACAAACCGUUUUGAAAGUUUCCACUUGUUUUCCAUGAUGUGUUGACUGUGUUUGCCAGCUUCUUCAAGAAGGUCAAUGUUGCUUAAUUCAUGACCACAGUUGUUUCAACAUUCAUACACAAGGGACAAUUACAAAUAAGUAUACACCAUUAUGACUGAUGGAUAAUAGCUGUUCUGUUCAUAAGAAUAAUUAAAACUUAAAACACACACACUUAAUGAUUAUGUUUAAUGUUUCUUCAUUUUGUGUUGUAUAUGUUAAUUUUUUUCUUUAUUCUUUGUGUGUGAUUAUUUCAAGUUCAAAACAAAUAUUUUACACAUGCAACUUAGAAACGUGUAAUUUGUAAAGUUUCACACUUUAAAUUAGCAUUUGUUGCUUGUUGCAAAAUGAUCUUAGUAAAAUACUUGAAUUCGUUUGGGACUGCCGACGACGCAGUUCAAAGGGUGUACAUAUAACAUCAUCUUAAACUUUUAACAUACUAGUGUGUGCCAUUGUUUUCUCUGUAUUGAUAUUUAAAGAUUAUUAUUAGCAUAAUCAUAGUAGAUUUUUAUCUGUAUUUUUAACUUGUUUAGCCUUGUACAUCAUUGAGUUAUUUCGAUUCUAACUUUUUAUGUAACAGAUCCAAUGUUUACAACAAUAAAUCAUGUCGAUUUUAACUAGUUACAUAUCAGAAACAAUGUUUUAAAAAUUGAAUCGUGUCGAUUCUAGUUGUCAGCAUUCAAUUAUGCUGCAUCGUACAAGUUACAUAUCAGCUGCAUAUCAGAAAGCAUAGUUUCAACAUUGAAACAUUUAUUUCCAUAGUUCCAUUUCUGAUUCUUGCUUAUUACAUAUAAGAUGUCAUGUUCACUAUUAAUUGUGUUGGAUUCUACUGUUUGCAUACCAAAAUGAAUAAUUAGGCAUUAUUGUUUGAGGGAUCUGUAUUUGUUUAUCAUAUCUUAUGUUUUUACAUGAUAUAUUCGGGUUGUGUACUUCUUACAUUUCAAAUUCCAUGUUUCGCCAUAACUCAUGAUACUAUGCGUGCUACAUAUCAUACAACAUGUUUUUUCAUGAUUCAUGUUGAUGUUUACUUCUUACAUAUCAAAUAACAUAUUUACCAUUGUUUCAUGCUGUUUCUUACUGAACACAUAUCAUACAACAUGAUUUUACAUGAUUCAUGUUGGUGUUUACUUCUUACAUAUCAUACAACAUGUUAUUAACAUAAUUCAUGAGGAUGUUUACUUCUGACAUAUCAAAUAACAUGUUUAACAUUGAUUCAUGUGGUUUAUUUGCUUCUUACACAAUACAUAACAUGUUUAACAUUGAUUCAUGUGGUUUAUUUGCUUCUUACACAAUACAUAACAUGUUUAACAUUGAUUCAUGUUGAUUAUUUGCUUCUUACAUAUCAUGUAGCAUGUUUACCAUUGAAUUAUGCUGUAUCUAACCGGAAAAUAUCGCUAGUUUAAAAAUUUAUUAAUACUGAUUCUUAUUAAAUACAUGUCAUAAUACUAUGUUUUGCUCCUUCUUACGUUCUAGACGAAAGGAAUGCUUUUAAUCAUCGUAUUUUUAUGAUUUAUUAAGAAGAGCAUGUAAUAAAGCUUUUCUGUAUUACAUUAUGGAAACAUAUUAAAUCUUAAAGAAUGUUAUGCUAUGUGUUGCCAAGUGUUUAGUGUUUUAGGAUGAUUUUAUGUUUGAGUCUCGCUAGGGACAUGCUCUGACGUUACCGGUUGCCUGUCCAAGAUAGCUACAUCGUUGGGGUAACAUUUGUGGUACUGUCGAGGGUUCAGCAUAAAGAAUGUGACUCGAAAAUAAAGAUGCUCUCUAGUACAGAAUGUUCAAAAAUUGCUUUUCCUAAUAACAAUGGGUAUGCUUAUAUCAUACAAAAACGUUACACAUUUAUUUGUUAUGCUUUGUAUAAGCAGAUGUUCGCCUAUAUAAUUAGUGAUUCUUGAUUAUCAGGAUCGUAGUUUGAAAGGGAUGUACGUAAGGACUAAUUUAAAAUUACUUUUUAAUACAUUUGCAAAACCAAUCAUUUAUAUAACGAAAAUUUCUGCAUGAACAUAAUUUCGCUUAUUAUUUUUCUGACAAUUAAAAGACACACAUGCUUCUACAACCAAAAGUGUUGAAUAUCACGUUCUUUGAUACACAAUUUAGUGAAAAAAGGUUCCAUUUGAAUUAAACCGAUAUGUCAGCGGAGUAAAUGUUUAAAUCAUGUUGUUUUAAGCGUGCCGGUAUGUAAAUGUUUUGUACCAUAUAACUUUUUAUUUAACUUUGUAAUAAGAAUCUUCUGUUGUGUUAAUAACUUCAUGUUUGUUAAAUCUGUCGUUUUGUAAUAGAAAAAUUCCAACGUUA